CACCAUCGACCAUCCUCGUCACGUUGCAUUCGAACAAUCCUUACCAUUUGGCUGGAGACAAGACCCUCAGAAAUCCCAAUCCGCGAAAACACCAACCUCCUAACCUCACCAUGGCCCCAGCAAUUUCUCGCAAGAGGAAAUCGGACGAGAUAGACGAAUCCGCCGUCGGUGCUGUCACCCCCUCAGGCAGCCCAGCGCGCAAGAAGUUGAGAAUCACACAGCAACAGAAGCAGGCAUUGAUGGACAACCUCCAGUUAGAGAUUACCGAGCGAGCGCGACAGCUUCGAGCAGGGUAUGCUCUUCAAUGUGCCGAUCUGCGAGCCCGGAUUGAACGACGCGUCAACCGCAUUCCUCUCUCGAUCCGUAAGACGACCAUGCGUGAACUGAUGCAGCAGCACGAAUCUUCAAAGACCAAGCCGAACCAGCCUCGAGCAUCACCCCCCAAACAAACAAUAUCAGUCGAGGUGCCUGCACCCAAGCCACUGCCUCCUCUUCCACGGGAAAGUGGCUCAACCAAGCUCCCUUCUCCAAUGCGAUCUCAUCCACAAGCUCCAGCUACGCGAGGAGGCAAGAAGCGCAUGAGCCCUCAGAUCCACAUUGCUUUGGACAAGGUGAGCGAGCACGACCCGUCGGAAGGGCCGCCAGAUACACUCCCCGUGAGCAAGAACACCAAGCGUGGGAAAGCAACAGCACCAACACGCCCAAUUUCGCGAGCUGCUGCAACAAAACAAACAACACAAACCUCGGUUCUGUCUCCACGCUCCCACAACUCUCGCACGCUCCCUCGCUCACCCAUCAAAGAGCCCUUCCUCCCAGCCUCCCCGGCGAAGAACAUGCUCGCCCGCCCGACAACGACGGCCAUGUCUCCAAUCCGGCCCGCGUCACCGUUAAAAUCGGCCGCCACGGCAGCGACAUCCGCCAUAUCGGCCAGUGUGCACGGCAUGAUCGAACAAGCGAAGCGAGGCGGGACCGCCACCGCCGCGAAACUGACCCGGACGGCGUCGAAGGAGAAGAAAGAAGCCGUUGCGAUCGCCCGGGCUCAGAUGCUCCCGCCGCCGAAACCGAGCGCUCCCCCUUCUCCACAACGUGCAUUCAGCCAGGCGAGCACGCACAGCAUCUCGACGGAUGUCUCUGCGGCUUCGAGCGGCACCACGGUCGUCAAGCCAAAGCGCGGAGGCCGAGCUGCUGCGGCCACGGCCACGGCAAAAGCCGCCGCCACGGAUAAAAAGAAAGGAGGGAUGGCCAGGGCCGCCAGCGCGGCGAAGACGGCGCUCAAGAGGAACGCAACCACUACCGGCACGGGAGCGACGACGACGACGAGCAAGAGAGUUGUCGUGGCGGAGCCGGCAGCAGGAAGGCGGGUGCUGCGGAAGAGGGCAUAGAAUAUGGAUGAUGACAUUACCCGGUCUUCUGUGUUGUACGAGGAUGAAACUUGGGAGAAUGAAUGGGUUCAAAGAGAGACAUGACGACGGACCGCCCAAGGUUGAGCGGUGGACAUCAUUGGCUUGUUCCGGUGUGCAUAGGUAUGAAGGUGGCAUAUAACCCUUUGCCAGAGCUACCUCUCUUCAAUGCCCUGCGGGCUCCAUCCUCCGUCAUAUGAGUUGGUGCCUCACUUUAUAGACCAAUUCUGAGGUGGAGGGAGAUGGGGAGGGCGAGGCGUUCGAUCCUUCUCCGGUCGUCCCUGCCGGACAACAGCAGGGCCGGUCAACACUUUGGGCGACCAAUUGUCUGGGAAGGAUGAGGAUAAUUGCGCAGAGUCGGGACCAAUUGUGUCCACUACUGUGUAUAUAUAUCUGUAGCUCCUUCCGCAGACCCAUUGGACGAAUUCACGAAGAAUUUCAAUGUUGAGAAGCACGCUCCUGAAAGCCCUAUUGUUUUGUUC